AUGUCGGAUACAGCGAACGCUGCUGCCGAAGCCAUAGAGAAGAAACUUGAAAAAAUCUCUAUCGAAGAGAAGGAGUCGUUGGGCAACAGUGAAGAGAAAUUGCGCAAGCACCGUAUUCCUACUGCCGAACGCAUCCGUCUCUGGGAAGAGGAGCAGAAAGCGAAACGCGUUCUAACCACCGGUCUUCAAGGAAAGGUGAAAUGGUACUCGGUUCUCCGUCGCUAUGGAUUCAUCUCCCGCGAAGAUGGAGAGAAGGAUGUUUUCGUUCACCAAACUGCGAUUGCUAAGUCAGCUACUGAGAAGUUUUACCUCCGCACGUUGGGUGAUGAGGAGGAGGUUAUCUUCGAUCUCGUCGAGGGCAAGAACGGACCAGAAGCUGCAAAUGUAACUGGACCUGCCGGAGAAAACGUUGUCGGGUCGAAAUACCGUCACAAACUUCUCUCGCGUUUCCGCAAAAACCGAAAGCCAAGACAGUCGGUCGAUGGAGAUGAAUCCGACUCGAAGGCCGAGUCCACUCCGAAAGAAUCAACUCCUCGAGGUGAGGACAAGAAGAAACCAAAGAAGCAACGCAAGAAUAGAACUCGCAAGCCAAAGGAUCAGAAGGGAGCUGGUGAUGCCGCUGAUUCAUCUGCUGUCACCGACUCUUCUGAAUCCGCCUCUGCAUCUGGCUCUCCAGAUUCAAAGUCUUGCUCCAAGAUCAUUGAUGAGGAAGCUGGACUUUCCAAGGUUGACCGCUGCGAUUCUGCUCUGGGAGCUUCACUCGGGGCUCAACCAAUUGAUGCCCAAAUCUAA